AUGGCAAACAAUAAAAGAAAAUGUUUUACAUGUGAUAGAGAAAAGAAUACAUAUACUUGUGAAGGAUGUUCGAAAAGAUUUUGUUUUAUACAUAUACCAGAACAUCACCAAAGAUUAAAUGAAGAACUUCAUCAUAUUGUUGAUAAUUAUAAUGAAUUUAAAGAAAGAAUUAAUAAGCAAAAAAAAAGUUCACAAAAUUAUUCGUUAAUACAACAAAUUGAUCGAUGGGAAGAAGUUUCAAUUGAAAAAAUCAAACAAAAAGCAAAAGAUUGUCGAAAAAUGGUCAUUGGAUCAUUACAAACAUAUAUUAAUGAUAUUGAAACGAAAUUUAAUAACUUAAAUAAACAAAUACAACAACUUCAGAUACAAAAUGACUUUAAUGAAAUUAAUUUAACCUAUUUAAGAAAUCAAUUAAGAACAAUUACAGAAGAAUUGAAUAAUCCAUUAAAUAUUUCUAUUCCAGAAGAUCCACAAUCAUUUAUUAAUGAAAUUUCAAUUAUUCUAUCAAAAAAACCAAAAUUCAACAAAUGGAAACAAGAUGCCAUCAUUGUGGCUGGUGGAAAUGCAGAAGGAGAGAAAUUAAAUCAAUUCUAUCAUCCUGAAGGAAUCUUUAUUGAUAAAAAGAAAAACAUCUUCGUUGCUGAUCGUUUUAAUCAUCGAAUUGUUGAAUGGAAAUAUAAUGCAAAGGAAGGACAAAUCAUUGCAGGUGGAAAUGGGCUAGGAAAUCGAAUGGAUCAAUUGAAUUAUCCAACAGAUAUAAUUGUUGAUCAACAAAAUCAUUCGAUCAUCAUUGCCGACUGGCAAAACAGACGAGUGAUUCAAUGGUUGAAUCAAAAGCAACAAAUUCUCAUUAACAAUAUUGAUUGUUCUCGUCUGGCAAUGGAUGAAUAUGGAUUUCUCUAUGCUAAUGAUUAUAAGAAGAAUGAAGUGAGACGAUGGAAAAUGGGAGAAUACAACGAAGGAAUUGUGGUGGCAGGUGGAAAUGGACAAGGAAAUCAACUUAAUCAACUCAAUUCUCCUACUUUUAUGUUUGUUGAUGAAGAUCAAUCUGUUUAUGUAUCAGAUCGAGGCAAUCAUCGUGUGAUGAAAUGGAGAAAAGAUGCAAAAGAAGGAACAGUUGUGGCUGGAGGAAAUGGUGAAGGAAGAAAUCUCAAUCAAUUGUCGUCACCUGAAGGAGUAAUUGUUGAUAAUUUGGGUCGAAUAUAUAUAUCAGAUUUUGGGAAUCAUCGAAUAGUGCGUUGGUGUGAAGAAAAAGAAGAAGGUGAAGUUGUUGUUGUUGGAAAUGGUGAAGGAAUUCAAUUGAAUUCUCCGAGUGGUUUAUCUUUUGAUGAUGAAGGAAAUCUUUAUAUUGGCAAUUAUACUAAUCAUCGAAUUACAAAAUUUGAAAUAAUUUUGUAA